AUGCUAGCCAUAUCCGCCCUGCACAUGGCCUACCUACGACCCGCACAGCGGCAAUUCUACGUGUCUCAGGCAGAGCACCAUCACAGCGUAGCAUUGAAAUUUGUGACCCCGAACAUGACACAGCUGAUGAAGGAGAACAGCUCAGCGGUCUUCCUGUUCUCCAGCCUCACUAGCUUCUUCUCCUGCGCCAAGCCCCGAAAACUCGACGACCUGCUUCUCUUCCAGCAGGGACGAAUCUCCGAGUGGCUGGUCCUCUUCCGCGGAACGGGGACAAUAGUCGAGUAUGCGCAGGAGGAACUCCGCUCAGGACCACUGGCAGCGUUACUGCGUAUUCGGCAGCGCCGAUCUGACUAUCGCACCACCCUCCCUACCCAGGGGCUGGCCUUCAUGGACGACUUGGAGGAGCUGGUCCGAGAGGAGGUCAAAGACCAGCAUGAAUUACAAGUUUACCUGGGAGCUAUACAGGAAAUGAGGGGUUCGUACGCGCUGUGGUCGGAUACAGGGGUCUGGGAGACGGGGGAUGUCUUUGUCUGGCUGCUGCGGGUAUCAGAGGAGUUUUUGACGCUCCUUCGAGAGCAGCGAUAUGUGGCGCUGGUGAUAUUUGGGUACUUCUGUCCUUUGCUCCGGCGGCUGGAGUGGAUGUGGUGGUUGGAGGGGUGGAGUGUACAUUUACUUUCUCGGAUCCAUGGGUUGCUGGACCAGGAGCAUCGCACUUGGAUCCGGUGGCCGAUGGAGCAACUGGGGUGGCGACCUUGA